AGGAAUCAACAACAAGGAGAGCAAGAGCUGGCGUUUUUUUUUUGUGUGUGUGUGGUGGAGAGCACUCCUUGUCAAAAGUGGUCCUCGUAAACGCGAAACUGUGCCUUUAAUGUUUUCCGUCGCUUCAAGAAGAGGACGCUGAGAGCUUCAAGUUGAAGAAAACGUCACUCCCCGAGUCAGGUGGGCUCGCCGCUGUGCUGAGUGUGCAAUGCAUGCCUCCGCUUUCGGCUUCGUUUGACAGCCUGACCCGCUGUUAGCCUCGCGGAUUAGCCGCCUAGCUUAGCCGCGUAAAGGCAGCAUGACCGCGGCGCGACGACACAUUUCAGCGUAAAAGCCGCUGCUCACCUCACGCAUUAACGCGGUGUUACUUUGAAGAGACGUAGCGGAAAUAAUAGUGUCGGUGACUGGAACGACAACAAAGGGGUCUCCCAAUGCGCUGAGACGGAAGCUAACCUUUUGUACACAAUUUGUCGAAAUUGAAUAUCUGUUACACUUUAGGCUCCCUCGCCUUGGUUUUUUUUUUUCUCAGGAGGCUGCGGGCGGGUUUUCCAGUUUUCAGUGGCGUGUUUGUUAGUUUGUUUGACACUUAGUUUGACGUGUAAAACGGGGCUAGUAGGGAAGGGGGGGUUGGACAGAGUCGUGGAAUGUCCGAAGUGUCCAAGCGGGCUGCGUGUUUCCACCCGUUGUGUCAACUCAUGCGAGCGUGCUGCUUCAUCACCUCGCCGCCAAAGGGGUGCAAAGAGCGAUCGAGCCGAGGCUGAGGAUUGACCGCCACAGCAGCAGCAGCAGCAGCCCAGAUCAGCCAGCAGUACAGGUGGACGGGGCUCUCGUGGCAUGACUACUCCAAACAAGGGAAACAAGGCCCUAAAGGUGAAGCGGGAGCCAGGAGAGAAUGGCACCAGCCUGACCGACGACGAACUGGUGAGCAUGUCGGUGCGGGAGCUGAACCAGCACCUACGGGGUCUGUCCAAGGAGGAGAUCCUGCAGCUGAAGCAGCGGCGGCGCACGCUAAAGAACCGGGGCUAUGCCGCCAGUUGCCGGGUGAAGCGCGUCACCCAGAAGGAGGAGCUGGAGAAGCAGAAGGCCCAGCUGCAGCAGGAAGUGGACAAGCUGGCCACAGAGAACGCCAGCAUGAAAGUGGAGCUGGACGCUCUGCGCUCAAAGUACGAGGCCCUGCAGAGCUUCGCCAGGACUGUGGCCCGCAAUCCCGUCACCUCGGCCCGCGGACCUAUGGCCUCGGUCAUCGGCCCCCUCAUACCCGGUAAAGUGGCCGCCACCAGCGUCAUCACCAUCGUCAAAUCCAAAACAGAGGCUAGGUCGUAGUAGCGGGAUGACGCCUCCGAUAGUCAGUGCAUUGUAACAUACAGCAUUCCAGUCUUUCAAAAUGGCAAUAUUGGCUUACUGUUCAAUUAGUGCAGUUAUUGAUUAGAGGGACAACCCGAGUCACUAUGUUUGUCUCACAGCUGGUACAAUCCUAAAUAACAAAAGGCUGAUAGAGACUAUUCCUCGCCGGAUUGAGCAAUAUCCUGACAAAGAAAGGAAAACCUUGCAAUUGUUAUUAUGCACUGACUCACAACUCUGCAGAUCUCUUUUUACAACAGCCCCAAAAAUUCAUCUUUUUGGUCUUUCAGGAAAAAUAGGCGCGACGCUUUUUCCAAAUCUUAGCGUUCAUCUCUGCCCUGUGACAGCAUUUAACAAACUAGUCAUUACAGAUAUGACCGGUAGAUGCAAUAAUACGUGUAUGCACUGAAAAUACAAAGAGGUUAAGGGAAAAAAAAAAGACAAAAAAAAAAGGAUCACUUGUUGCAGAUGGGAUGCAACCCUUGAAUGUUCUUACAGUUCAAUCUGCUCAUAAAUACAAUACAGUGGGGCAAAAAAGUAUUUAGUCAGCCACCGAUUGUGCAAGUUCUCCCACUUAAACUGAUGACAGAGGUCUGUAAUUUUCAUCAUAGGUACACUUCAACUGUGAGA